AUGCGAAGGUGGAAAAACAGGAAACGAAAUGCCCCUACACAACAAGGGAACACAGCACAGACGAAGAAUUCUACCACCACCAACCAACGGCCGAAUGAUUCUGUUACCCAGCUGCAGAAGGGCUCUGUCAGCAAGCUGCAGAAGGGUUCUGUCAGCAAGUUGAAGAAGGGUUCUGUCAACACCAAGGAGUCUGUGAGUCUUCCGCAAGUAGAAUCUUUAGAACAUGAUCUCACGUCGGGACCAUCCCAGCCCAACAAGGCGCCAGUAUCGAACCCACCGAAAGGAAUGGUGUUGUCAGAGCCACCAGAGUUGCAAUUGAAACUUAGCACGCUGCUGGAGGUAUCUCAUCCAAAUGUUGUACUCCCAUCGUCCGACGCUCUUCACUCCGAGCACGUGCUCGUGGCAAUGGCCGCACUGUGGAAGAAGAAACAACUGAACGACGUGGUGCUGGCCAUUGGACCACACCGGAUUGGAACCCAUAAACUAAUCCUUGCCGCUUGCAGUGGAUACUUUCUGGAACUCUUUACGAAGGACGGAGUUGGAGACAGCGAUGACGAGUUCCUGUACACGCUUCAUGGUAUCUCCUUCGAGACUCUCAAACUGCUCCUGGAGGCGAUGUACACGGGUCACUUCUCCGUAGACUCUUCUCGACUCGAGGAGAUACUCUCGGCAGCCGUCUAUCUCAAACUGUCCUUUGCACUCAAAAUUUGUAGCGAUUUCAUGAUCGGAAGCUUGAAUACGCACACCUGCUUGAGAACUUUAGGGUUGGCUACUGUAUUCGGCUUGACGCGAGUGAUUGAUAAAGCAUUUGAAAUGGCGUCCAGAAAUUUCUCCCUGGUUGCUGAUACUCCGGAUUUCUUGGAGUUACCAGAGAAGACUCUGAUGACUCUUAUAUCCCGGGAUGACUUGGUCGUGGACACCGAGCUGAGUGUCUUCCAAGCAAUGCUACGUUGGAUUGACGUUUACCGUGAGGUACGGCUGGACCACGCUUCCCUGCUCCUUGAGAAUGUCCGUCUCCCGAUGAUCAAGCCUCCGGACCUCGUGGACCACGUGGAAAGCGUUGAGUACCUCAUGAGACUCCCCGAAUGUGAGGCUCUGGUGAAGGAGGCACUUCACUAUUACUGCUUGCCUCUACGGCAGAGCAUUAUGCAGUCUAAGCGGACUACUCCUCGGUCUACAGUACACCUUACCACCAUGGUGGCGCUGGGUGGACAUCCUCGUCUGGCUAAACAACCAGUGGGGAAUGUCUUGAUGUACUACAACUCCAACACAAAUGAAUGGAGAAUGCUUUCCAAAAUGAUUCACCCGAGACAUCAUCAUGCUGCUGCCGUCCUGGGCGGAUUUCUGUACGUUGCUGGUGGGAGGGAGGUUCUUAACAGCCCAGACGCCCCGUUGAAAUCAGGUCAUAGAUACGACCCACGUACGGACUCGUGGAUUCAAAUUGCAGACAUGCGCAACGCGAGGGAGAGCUUCCAGAUGGGAGUGGUGGAUGGAAUGAUCUAUGCUGUUGGAGGACGUAUGAAUAGCGAUUCGUCAUUGGCUGCCGUGGAGAGAUACAACCCAAACACCGACCAAUGGGAAGACAGGGCACCACUUUCAACUCCUAGACGAUGUGUUGCUGUCGCUGUGCAUGAUGGAAAGUUGUAUGCCGUGGGUGGAUCAGGAAACAAGAAAAUAUCCAAUAAGGUUGAGGUUUACUUGCCCCGCUCCGACACAUGGAAGACGAAAAAAGACUUGAAGUCACCACGAUUCUUCUCCCACUUGUCAUCCGUUGGGGAUUACCUCUACCUGGCUGGCGGUGCCGAAGUCGACCCUACCGGGGGAGGAGUUCGGUGUGUCCCGCAUAUCCAACGCUACGACCCUGUCAAGGACACGUGGACCAAACUGAGAGCUAUGAGGCAGCCCCGGGCCGAGGCGGCAAGCUGCGUAGUGGGUACCCGCAUCUACGUCAUAGGGGGGUAUUGCUGGGACAAGAAAUCCUGGCUUCGGUCUGCCGAGUGUUACGAUGUAGAGGCGGACGAAUGGACAGACGUUGAGGAUUGCACAAACGCUUACACUGGAAUGGCUUGCUGCUGUUUAACACUUCAUAAACUUCCCUGA